GUGAUCGAACUUAUCUUUAAAUGUUAAGAACCUCUGCAGAAUUUUUUGUCUUCUCCUAACAAGCACCAAGCAACAUGAAGGUCCUGUUCAUUCUGUCCGCUGUUCUUCUGGCCACGGCCCAGGCCAACUUCUUAACCACAAUCGGUCAAAAUCUGUCCAACGUCUUCAAGACCCUUGGUCAGAGCAUCAUGCACCAACUGGACACGACUGGAGUUGAUCUGCUGAACGCUGGACUUACCGCAGGGAAGACUCUUAUAUCACAAGGAGUACAAGCGCUCGCUCUGAACACCGCUAAUGCCAUCGGCUCUUCCGGAACAAGAGAUAUACAGCUCCCCACCGUGCUCCAGAACAUGGAGUCGUCCCUCCACAACGUUGUGGACACUCUGAUGGGCGAGAUGAAGAACAUGUUCGGCUUCCUGGUCAAGGGUCUGCAGGGCGUCGUGGACAAACUGUCCACACUGGAGAUCACCCCUGAGGAGGUCAUCAGUGAGGUCGACAAGUUUGUCAACGCCCACAAUCUGGUUGCUGAUUCCUUCCUGAAGACCAUCAAGGACAAGGCUGAGGAGGUCAUCUCCAGCCUCAUCAAGAGCAAGAGGAACGGCUUCACAGACUUCUUCGCUGGCAUUGGACAGAGUCUGUCGAACACCUUCAAACCAAUGGUUGAUGGUGUCAAGACUUUGGCUACCGUGGCUGGAUCUGCUAUUAAGAACGGAGCAACCAACCUCCUCCAAAAGGCCAAGGACUCCGUCACUCAGCUGGGACAGAAGCUCCAGCCCCACAUCGCAAACCUCGGCUCCCAGCUCGGCACCCUCGUCAUGCACGGCAGCAACGCCUUGAAUGCCAUGAAGGCAGCUGGCGGUGACAUCCUGCAGCAAACCCUCACCAACAUGAAGGAGCCCCUUAACAACAUCGGCCAGACCGUCGUAAAUGCUGGACAAACCGUCGUCGGCCACGUCGCUGGGGCUCUCCUUGGCACCAACACCAACACCGAGACAACCCUUGCACCAUGACCACAUUAUUAAGGAAAUAAAGAAACGAACAUCAA